CUUUCCAAAUGCAUCGUGGAAUGUAUAUUUUAAUAUUAACAACACCGUUUAAUCACAUCUACAACAUAAUUUCACAUGAAAUGGAAUGCAUUAUCAGCUGUGUUGAAAGUUGAGUGAAGUAAACAUUCGUAAAAAGCGAAAGCAUAACGAAAAUAAAAACUAUUUUUAUUGAAUUAACGGUGAAUUUUGAUUAAGCAAACAUUACCUUUUUCGUUUUCAAACUAGAACAAAAUGCAACGUAUGGGAGUACCAGGAAGCCUUACAGAUAAUCCUUUAAGUAUUUCAUGGCAUGAUUCCGCUUGGAUUCCAAAUUUAAAUACUCAAAAUGUUAUGGAUUACUUUUCAGAGCGGUCUAAUCCAUUUUUUGAUCGAACUUGUAAUAAUGAGAUUGUUAAAAUGCAACGGCUAAAUCCUGAUCACUUGAAUAACAUGGUUGGUUUAGAAUACACUUUAUUGCACGUCCAAGAACCAAUUUUAUAUGUUAUUAGAAAACAACAUAGACACAGUGUUCAACAAGUGACCCCUUUAGCUGAUUAUUACAUUAUUGCUGGUGUUAUUUAUCAAGCUCCCGAUUUAGCUAGUGUCUUAAAUUCUCGAUUGUUGUCUGCAGUUCAUCAUUUGCAAGGAGCAUUCGAAGAAGCAUCCAGUUUUUCUAGAUAUCAUGCAAGUAAAGGAUAUUCGUGGGAUUUUAAAUCACAAAGAGGAAAUAAUGAUAAACCAAAAGCUAAAGAAGAAAAACCAAGAGAAGAACCGAGUUCAUUAUUUCAACGCCAAAGGGUUGAUAUGCUUUUGGGUGAAUUAAUCAAAAAAUUUCCUCUUCCGAUUCCACCCCAAAUCAAAACGGCGCCACAUCCUAAAAUAGAAGCCGAAAAUGGAGCUACAGAGAACAAAGAUAUUAAAUUAGAGAAACAAGACAAAAUUAAACCACCACCUGAGAAGAAACCAAGAAUAAAUUAGUUGAUCUCAUUCUUUUUUUUGUAAUGAAAUAAAAAAUAAUUUUAUAAUAUACUACAGAAAACUGUAAUCUUUAUCUAA